AUGGAGGCAUCUCUUCAUCAGGCUCUACCAAGGAGUGAGAGUUCGAGCGAUACCGAGAAGCCCCCACGCACCCGCACCUGGCUUCGUCCCCUGAAGCGAUUAUUUUCCUUGUUCAUCCCGCGAAAAACCAUCAAGCGUCGACAGAUAUUUAGGAGGAGGAAGAAGCCCAACGAACGGAACAACCCCCCCGAGUUGGUUGUUCCACGGCGUCAAGUUGGGGAUCCCACGAACGGCCGUCUCCCCACGGCAGACGGCCAUCGAAAACCAGACGAGCCGAAGGAGGAAGACAAUGAACCGGCUUCCCACCCCGCGAUGGAGACCUCGAAUGACCCUGAAGGCACCCUGACCCACGAACACUUUGAGCGAAACGGCGUUGAUAUUUCCAGCCUGGCAACUGGCGGUCGCUUCUACCGUUCCGUGUCAUCGGGCACCAGCACAGUGUCUCCGGGGGUGUACAGUCCGGCCAGCCCACCACCAGAUGUUAUCAGCACCGAGUCGACAACCCCGCUUGACAAAAUUGAAGAGAUCGGGUUGCCCAGCGAUGAUCAAGAAUCUCGAAACCCGUCGCUAGAGAACCGCUCCCAAGAGGCACUGUCCUCUGUGUCGACGAAUAGCGACCAGUACUACAUCGAACUAGUGUUGGUGGUGGCCAACGACAACCGUCAUAAAGUACCGGCGUUGAUGGCACUAGAUACCCAGGCAUCAGCCAAUGUGAUGAGUGUAGCGCUGUGGAGGAAAUUGGGAAUGAGACUCGAAUCUUGCAGCCAGGAGCUCAUUCCCUUGCAGAGCGGAUCGGGGAAUGUGGUCAGGAUUGAAACAUACGGCCGAGUUCGAGAAGUCGCAUGGCACGUCGCAGGCGGCGAAAGAACCCACGUGUGUGACUUUCUGGUUGCAGAUCUGAGGGACCAUGAUGUGAUUCUUGGGAAGCGAUACAUCCACCGAAAGAAGAUUCUGACCUGGGGCCCUGACGAAAUCACCGUCAGCCUAAAGGCGGUUGUCGCCGAGGACAUGGACGUCAGCAUCCUCACCCAAAGCGGGUUUCGGGCGCUGCCUGGGAUCCAAGUGCAGCCCCAGGAAACCGAGAGAACAUUUUACGAUUCCAACGGGGUUUCAUACGCGGUGCGCGAUGUGGUUCAGCUCCCGAUUUGGAAAAAGGGUGAAGCCAAGCUCACCACACAAGACUUUUAUGUUUCAACCGACGAUAGCUCCGGUUUGCGGCCCCCGUGCCAUGCGAUCCUGGGGAGCCAAUGUCUCGUUGGCAAGGUCAGUGAUGAGAAGGGCGUUCCGAUUGCUGUAACCCAGCUCCCAUCGCAGAGUGCAAGUGACAAGGCUAUCCAGGAGCAAAAGAAGCGAGAGAAAGAAGCCGCGUUGGCCAAGAAGGAACAGGAGAGGCGCGACCGGGAGAAGCAGCAGGCUGCUCAGAGGAAAUAG